CCCGCCAUGGCGUCGGGGGGUCCCGCCCGCGCCGCGGAGGAGCCGCCGCCGCCAGAGCCCCCCGCCGAGCAGAAGCCGCCGCCGCUGCCCCCCGCGCAGGAGGAGUUCUCCUUCCUGCCCCUCGUCCACGACAUCAUCAAAUGCAUGGACAAGGACAGCCAGGAUGUUCACCAGGUACUGAAUGAGCUCAAGAACAAGUUCCAGGAGAUGAGGAAGCUGAUCAGCUCCAUGCCUGGCAUUGGUGUGAGCCCAGAGCAGCAGCAGCAGCAGCUGCAGAACCUGCGGGAGCAGGUCCGGACCAAAAACGAGCUGCUGCAGAAGUACAAGAGCCUGUGCAUGUUCGAAAUCCCCAAGGAGUAGGACGGGCACAGCUCCAGUCCUCGAGUCUGAGAUGUACCUCCUUUCCAGGCUGAACAGGGUGGCAGGAGUUUGCUUUUCUUUCCUUGUGGUUUUUUGGUUACAUUGCUGCGGAACUGUGCCUGUGUGGACCAUUGAACCACAGGUGAGUGACAGUGAACCAGAACACCGAGUGCCUCACCUGGGGUGAUUGCAGCGGCACCUUCCCUUUGAUCUGCUGCAGGACUGUGCAUUUGUGUAUCCAUCUCCUGUUUUCUCUCGGGGUGGGGUUCUUUUUUUUAUGUUCAAACCAGAAGGAGACAUUAUGUUUUCUCCUCGCUAGGGGUCAAAGUGCCUGCUGGUUAAUUUCAACGAGAGUGGAGGCAUUUUCUGCACUGUUUUUUACUUAAAAAUGGCCAAACAUCAAAAGGGAACAUAAGAGGGAAGCGUGAGCUGCUUGGCCCUGCUCCUGGAAAGUGACUCUGGAACACUUUCCAUUUUCUGUGUGUUGAAAGAGGAGUGAUUACUUUCAAUUGCUUCUGUAUUUCUCUUUCUGAACAGUUGAUGGUUGUGUUUGAGAUGAGUCAAGUAAAGAUUUAUGAGUUCCAAA